AACAAUUGGAUGACUUCAUCAUUCUUAGGGGAACGGCACCGGCGAGAUCGACACCGUCGAAGAGGAAAAAAAGGGAGGAAGGAGGGGGGGGGGGGGUGGAUGAAUGCCUAAAAUGUGGGGGCCCAGAGUCGACGAAAUGUUUCAAGCCCCCCCCCACGGACUCUGGCAUCUCUCCGAGGCACCGCAGCCAUUCCCUCGUGCGGCGCCCGACGGCAGAGCGGAACCCGCGCCUAGACAAAUCCGCCGUCGGCUAGCGACUUGUAGGGUUAGAGUAAGCAGGCCUAGGCAAAGGGCUACUGGCAAAGAAGGAGCCGAGGCAAGCGGCGCAAGCAGAGAGACAGAGACGAUGACGGGGGGCCGCACGUUCGUUGAUGCGAAAUCCGCUCCGCACCCCCAUCCCCUCCCCUUCACUCCACGCCCCACAGCGCGCCCGCGGGAUUGGGAGCAAGAAGCGAAAGCGCAGCGCGCGGCGCGCGGCCUAGCCUGUGAACGUCCCCUAUCUGCGCCACGGACUCGAGGCUUGGAGAGUUGGGUUGUGCGGUGCAACGGAGUGGUAGAAGACCAUCCAUCACGGGACGCUAAUCGCGCUCGUCAACAAGUCUACGUCACGCGCGUCCCAGGCCAUCCGUCAUCCCGUCCUCCAGACAGUGGCAGACACACUCUCGUCGCCUCUACUCGGAUGAACACGACGACGACGCGCAGGCCACACCGGCCAACAGCAGCAACAGCAGCCGAUGCCAAGGAACCCGGACGGCCACGGGCCAACUCUUGCUUCCUCCCAUGUCGUCCGGAGCCGUAGGGAUGGACGGAUACAUAUGUAAACGGGGUAAGUGAAUAAGCCGUCGGGCAGCUUGAGAUAUCCUCGCCUCGGAGCACAAUCGACCGAACGGCUCGGCGCGGAGUUUCCCUCCCGCCCCUCUAUUCGGUGCCGAGGUGAGACGCGAAUGGGGGGGCGACGACUCAUUGAAGGCCCUGGCGGCGUGUGGGCUGGCGUAGCAGCG